UUUUUCAUUUUAAAAAUUUAUAAGAGUUCGAGCAAAGUUAGCAUUUGCAUGCUGAAAUUAAAAACUCCAUGGAAGGACUACUGGGAUCAGCUUCUAAUUUCUCUCACAUUUUCCUUCUUCUUUUUCUUCUAUUGCCUUGUUCACAGCUUGCGGUGCCUCUGAAUGUGCAUAAGUUUCUUCCUGGGUUUCUGGAGGGACCUCUUCCUUUUCAUCUUGAAACUGGGUACAUUGGAGUGGGUGAAUCUGAGGAAGUGCAGCUUUUCUACUACUUUGUAAAGUCUGAGAGGAAUCCAGAGAAAGACCCUCUCAUGCUUUGGCUAACAGGUGGUCCUGGUUGCUCUGCCUGGUCUGGCCUUGCCUUUGAAGUUGGUCCGAUAAAAUAUAACAUAGAACAUUACAAUCGAAGUCUCCCGACGUUUGUCUUAAAUCCAUCAGCCUGGACAAAGGUAUCCAGCAUAAUAUUUGUAGAUUCACCAGUUGGUACUGGGUUUUCUUAUGCAAAGACUGCUGCGGCAUCUCAAACUGGAGAUUUCAAACAAGUAGACCACCUCCUCCAAUUCUUCAGAAAAUGGCUGAUUGAUCAUCCGGAAUUUAGCUCAAAUCCAGUCUACAUUGCAGGAGAUUCCUACUCUGGCAUGAUUGUCCCUGUUCUUACCCAAAAGAUCUCAAAUGAAAAUGAAGGAGGCAUCAAACCGUCCAUAGAUCUUCAGGGAUACAUACUUGGGAACCCAAUAACAGAUCCAGCUGAUAGCAAUUUUAAAAUCCCAUUUGCUCAUGGAAUGGCACUUAUAUCUGAUGAACUAUACCAGUCAUUGGAGAGAAGUUGUGGAGGAGAUUACAACAACAUAGAUCCAAGCGAUACAGAGUGCCAGAAACAUCUUAAAGCUUAUCGCAUGUGCAUUUCAGAUAUUAAUCAAGCAUAUAUUUUGGAGCCCAACUGCAGUGCUAGGAUUCCACAAAAUAUCAUUAGUGAAAGAAGAUCUCUCAAUGAGAAAUCUAAAGCCAUCUUUGAUCCAUCGGAUCCUGAACCCAUGCCGGGAUGUCCUAACAAUGGAUACUUUCUCUCUGCUUUUUGGGCCAAUCAUCCUGAUGUCCGCCUCGCGCUUCACAUACGAAAAGGAAGUAUCGGAAAAUGGCGGCGAUGCAAAUUAUUACCUUAUUAUCAGCAUGAGGUCCAUAGCAGUUUCCCAUAUCAUGUAAAUCUUAGUACUAAAGGCUAUCGUUCUUUAAUAUACAGUGGAGAUCAUGACUUGGCGGUACCAUUCUUAGCAACUCAAGCAUGGAUAAGAUGUUUGAAUUACUCCAUUGUUGAUGAUUGGAGGCCAUGGCUUGUCCAAGGCUUUGUUGCAGGGUACACCAAGACUUACUCCAACCGGAUGACAUUUGCAACUGUCAAGGGAGCAGGGCACAUAGCUCAUGAAUACAAGCCUGAACAGUGUUCUGCAAUGUUUAAAAAAUGGAUAGACAAUAAUGUAGAACUCGUGUAUGCAUAUGAUAUCCAUCUCUAUAAGAGCAAGCAGGAAUUGACCGGCCCUCCUAAAGUAGAUAUUAACUCCAUGGAAGGAGAACAACUGGGUUCUUCAACUUCUCUUUUUUCUCACAUUUUCCUUCUUCUCUUUCUUCUCUUGCCUUGUUCACAGCUUGCGCUGCCUCAGAAUGUGCAUAAGUUUCUUCCUGGGUUCCUGGAAGGACCUCUUCCUUUUCAUCUUGAAACUGGGUACAUUGGAGUGGGUGAAUCUGAGGAAGUGCAGCUUUUCUACUACUUCGUAAAGUCUGAGAGGAAUGCAGAGGAAGAUCCUCUCAUGCUUUGGCUAACAGGGGGUCCUGGUUGCUCUGCCUGGUCUGGCCUUGUCUUUGAAGUUGGUCCAAUAAAAUAUAACAUGGAACAUUACAAUCGAAGUCUCCCAACAUUCGUUUUAAAUCCAUCAGCCUGGACAAAGGUAUCCAGCAUCAUAUUUGUGGAUUCACCAGUGGGUACUGGAUUUUCUUAUGCAAAGACUGAUAUGGCAUCUCAAACAGGAGAUUUCAAACAAGUAGACCAUCUCCUCCAAUUCUUCAGAAAAUGGUCGAUUGAUCAUCCGGAAUUUAGCUCAAAUCCAGUCUACGUGGCUGGAGAUUCCUACUCUGGCAUGAUUGUCCCUGUUCUUGCCCAAAAGAUCUCAAAUGAAAAUGAAGGCGGCAUCAAACCGCUUAUAAAUCUUCAGGGAUAUUUACUUGGGAACCCAGCAACAGAUCCAACAGAUUCCAAAUUUAAAAUCCCAUUUGCUCAUGGAAUGGCACUUAUAUCUGAUGAACUCUACCAGUCAUUGGAGAGAAGCUGUGGAGGUGAUUACAAUAACAUAUAUCCAAGCAAUACAGAGUGUAAGAAACAUCUUAAAGCUUAUCACAAAUGCAUUUCAGGCAUUAACGCAGAAUAUAUUUUGGAGCCCAACUGCAGUGAUAGGAUCUCACAAAAUAUCACUAGUAAAAGAAGGUCUCUCAGUAAGAAACCUAAAACUAUCUUUGAUCCAUGGGAUCCUGAACCCAUGCCUGGUUGUCCUAACAAUGGAUACUUUCUCUCUGCUUAUUGGGCCAACCAUCCUGAUGUCCGCCUAGCGCUUCACAUACGAAAAGGAAGUACCAUUAAUUGGCAGCGAUGCAAAUUAUUACCUUAUUAUCAGCAUGAGGUCCACAGCAGUUUCCCGUAUCAUGUAUACCUUAGUGCAAAAGGCUAUCGCUCUCUAAUAUAUAGUGGAGAUCACGACUUGGGGGUGCCAUUCUUAGCAACUCAAGCGUGGAUAAGAUCAUUGAAUAACUCCAUUGUCGAUGAUUGGAGGCCAUGGUUUGUCCAAGGCUUUGUUGCAGGGUACACCAGGACUUACUCCAACCGGAUGACAUUUGCAACUGUCAAGGGAGCAGGGCACAUAGCUCCUGAAUACAAGCCUGAACAGUGUUCUGCAAUGUUUAAAAAGUGGAUAAAUUAUGAACCUCUCUAAUUUAAUCAUCUCCAGCUCCUCUGCGUUGUCAGUAUCAAUGCCUGCCAAGCUUAUUUGCAUUUACAUAUGCUUCACUUUUUGCCUUAACAAUGUAGAACUUAUGUAUACAUAUGAUAUCCAUCUCAAUAAAGGCAAGCAGGGAUUGGCAAUA